AAAAAACGUAUUCCAUUCUAUAUUUUCACCUUAGGAGAAAAAAAAAACUCUAAUUCCCAUUCCCCUUAUUGGUGGUUUAAUUUAUUCUGGGGUGGAUGGGUUUUAUCGAUCCAAUUUCGCCUUCUUCUCCUUCUUCAAAUUCAGGGGAAUAAAAAGAUUAAAAUUUUAUUUUAAAUUAUUUAUUGUUAAUCCUUCUCCUUCUUCUUUUUUGGUAAUUCUUCAAGAUGGCCUCGAGUACAUAUGGAUGGGUUUCAUGGAGAAGAAUGUUGUGAACAACAUUACACAAGAGUUUGAAUAUCACAUUAUAAUUUAUAAGGUUGACCAUCUUUAAUGGCAAAAAUGAAGGGCUUGUUGAAGGGUCUAAGGUACAUCUCUAAUAUAUUUGAGGCAGAAGAAGAGGAGCAAGAGCAGGAGAUGACGAUCGGUUUCCCAACCGACGUCAAACACGUGGCACAUAUUGGCUGGGACAAUCCUUCUAUGGAUGAGUUCAAGCCAGAUGCAUCGGAGGCAGCUAGCGGUGCGGGGAGUAGUGUGAAGAGGAAAGAUUCAACCGACUCUCCUAAAUCACCGGGUCAAGAUGGUAACGGAAAGACUCGCGUCCCAAAACCCUCGAAGCACAACUCCUCCGGCGACCACGAUCCUCCCCACGCCCGCAACCACAAAACAUGGGCGCCGUCACCGCACCAAUCGAACUCCGUCAGCAGCUCCCGACCGCGCCGACGCCAAGUCCGCAGGCAGGCUCUCGCCCGGCCGCAGGGACCGCAGUUCCGGCGACGUCGGCGUACCGGCGACGGCAGCGGAAGCGUCGACAUGUCGGGCUGA